UCAGUUUCGGAUGCGGGCGCGGGCGGCCGUUGGGCGCGAGGCGGCCGUUGGGCUGGCAGGUAAAGAAGACAGUGUGCUGCUAUCCAGCUGUGAUAGUGGAUCUCGUUUUGCUAGUGUUUAAGGCUUAUUGGAAUUGAAGUGUAAGUUGUGACAAUGACGACUGAAGUUGGCGCAGAGACUGAAGUUAAGAAAGAUGCUGAGCAGGCGGGAGCAGGCCAAGCCAAGGACAAACCUGACGAAGCCUCACGUACCACAGAAGAUGAAAAGUCCAGAAAAGCAUCCUCAGAAGAACCUUUAGAUUCGUCUUCUGUCCCGGUGCCAACUAGCCCAAGCAGCCAGAAGAAGGCAAAGGAUUUGUCUGAAAGCAAGGGUAUUUCUCGCUUCCUGCCCCCAUGGCUUAAGAAGCAAAAAUCCUACACGUUGGCAGAGCCCAAAGAGGAGGCCAAGAAAAAGACCGUAAGGGAGGACCAAGUGAUUGAAGCGGGUGACUGCCAGCUUCCCGAGGAGGCGCCUCAGCCAGAAAGGAGCUUGAAAGGAGCAGCAACUGAAAAAGAGCACAGUGCUAAAGCAGAGGAGAAGGAGGAGAAGCGCUCUGUUAGCAGUGCUGAAACACAGCCUGCCAAGGAAGAUGGUAAAGAAAUAGAAGUUGAAAAAGUUGCUGAGGAAAAAGAAGAAAAACAAGUGGAAAAAGAAGAAAAGCAAGUAGAAAAAGAAAAAAGGGAGACCAAAGAGGUACAGACAGGUGAAAUCAAAGCAGAGAGCAUCCCCCAGAAGUCUCCCAAGAAAAUUAAAACUGUGCAAUGUAAAGUGAUGCUUCUGGAUGGCACAGAGUACAGCUGUGAUCUAGAGAAAAGAGCAAAAGGCCAGGUGCUGUUCGAGAAAGUAUGCGAGCAUCUCAAUUUACUGGAAAAAGACUAUUUUGGCCUGGUGUUCUAUGAGAGCUCAGACCAGAAGAACUGGCUAGAUCCUUCAAAGGAAAUUAAGAGGCAAAUUCGAAGUUUACCUUGGCUGUUCACCUUUAAUGUGAAGUUUUAUCCUCCUGAUCCUUCACAGCUGACUGAAGACAUCACCAGAUAUUUCUUGUGCCUGCAGCUUCGCCAGGAUAUCGCUUCGGGGCGACUGCCCUGCUCUUUUGUGACUCAUGCUCUCCUUGGAUCCUAUACCGUGCAAGCUGAACUAGGGGAUUAYGACCCAGAGGAGCACCGCAGUGAUUAUAUCAGUGAAUUCCAGUUUGCACCCAAUCAAACUCAAGAAAUGGAAGAAAAAGUUGUUGAGCUACACAAAACACACAGGGGCUUGUCUCCAGCACAGGCAGAUUCUCAGUUCCUAGAAAACGCCAAGAGACUCUCCAUGUAUGGAGUGGAUUUACAUCAUGCCAAGGAUUCUGAAGGAGUGGAUAUCAUGCUGGGUGUGUGUGCGAAUGGACUGCUCAUUUACAAAGACAGACUCCGUAUCAACCGCUUUGCUUGGCCAAAAAUCCUGAAAAUUUCCUAUAAACGAAGUAAUUUCUACAUCAAAGUCAGGCCAGCAGAAYUGGAACAGUUUGAGAGCACUAUUGGGUUCAAACUGCCAAACCACCGGGCCGCUAAAAGGUUGUGGAAGGUUUGUGUGGAGCACCAUACUUUCUUCAGACUUCUCUCCCCGGAGCAGCCUCCCAAAGCCAAGUUCCUCACGCUGGGCUCCAAGUUCCGCUACAGCGGGCGCACGCAGGCGCAGACGCGGCAGGCCAGCAACCUCAUCGACCGGCCCGCGCCGCACUUCGAGCGCACCUCGAGCAAGCGCGUCUCCAGGAGCCUCGACGGAGCUCCUAUUGGUAUCUCAGACCAAAGUCUGCUGAGAGAUUUCCCUACUGCCAGAGGAGGACCUGCUGGAGAUAAAGUCCUCGACAUUGAAGGUGCUGGUCAGGCCAAGUUAAAAGAAGGCAGCAGAGAAGAAAAUGGAAGCCCAGUCAAAACUCCACAGUUAGAAUUGAUUCAGGAUGGAAAGAAAUUACAUUCCUUGAAAGUAGACGGGGAAAAUAUUUAUGUCAGACAUAGCAAUUUAAUGUUGGAGGACCUGGAUAAGACCCAGGACGACUUACUGAAACACCAGGCUAGCAUUAGUGAGCUCAAGCGCAAUUUCAUGGAGUCCACGCCCGAGCCCCGUCCCAGCGCGUGGGAAAAGCGGCGUAUCCCACCUGCGGCCCUGCAGGCACCCGCGAAAAAAGGAGACUACCUUUUCCAAUUGAAAACGCCGCCUCUGAGGGAGAAGCAGUGGACUGCGGCGCCGCGGACUGCCGAAGCAAAACCAGAGGAGGCUGACAAGAGGCAUGGUUCCCGAGCAGAAGGGCCUUGCGCUGGAGGCAGCGAUGCUGAUAAGAGUUCACAUGAGACUCUGGACAUAGUGGAGGAGAAGAAGCAGGCAGAGGUUGGGAGAGAAGAAGGAGUAGUCAUAGACGAAACCAACAAAGGGAAAAUGCAAGUUGCCACUGAUGCUGGGGAGACGUGUAAGGUGGAGCUGCUCUCCAAAAAGGACUCGUCGUCAUUGCCGUCAGAUAGUAGCAGCAGCAGUAGUAGUGAGAGUGAGGAUGAAGAGGUGGGAGAAUACCAGCCACAUCAUAGGGCAAUUGAGGAAGUCAUCAGGGAAGAACAAGAAGAAGAAGAAGAUGCAAACAGGAAAAAAGAGCACCAGGAAAAGAUAAAGCAGCCUGUAGAAGCUCCAACAGAAGGCAGUAAACUAAAUGUACCAGUUGAGCACGCAGCUCAAGUUGCAGCCGAAGCUUUGGCCCAGGAAAAUGCAGUUACUGUAGCCACAGAAGAGAAGAAGGUCUCAGAGGAGGUGAAGCAAGACGUAGGAGAAGAGAAGGAGGAAGAGCAGCUCAGACUGAAUGGAGAUGUGUCUCAUGUUGACAUUGAUGUUGCACCACAAAUAAUUUGUUGUUCAGAGCCUCCCGUAGUGAAAACAGAGAUGGUAACCAUUUCGGAUGCUUCACAGAGAACUGAAAUCUCUACUAAAGAAGUUCCAAUUGUUCAAACAGAGACUAAAACCAUCACAUAUGAAUCUCCACAGUUUGAUGGCAGUACGGGCGGCAAUGCUGGUGUGCUGCUAAGUGCACAGACAAUUACAUCAGAAUCAAUUUCCACUACCACAACUACCCACAUCACAAAGAUGGUAAAAGGUGGGGUAUCAGAAACAAGAAUUGAGAAGCGCAUUGUCAUUACUGGAGAUGCAGAUAUUGACCAUGAUGAGGCCCUGGCACAGGCAAUCAAAGAAGCCAAAGAACAGCACCCGGACAUGUCUGUCACGAGAGUAGUGGUGCACAAAGAAACUGAACUUGCUGAGGAAGAUGAAGAGUAAACUCAAAAUGCCAUCAAGCAAAUAUUUCAGAGAUAGAAGUAACGACAGUGACCGCGAUCAUGAGCGUGAAGAGCCGUGACCACCCCAAGCCGUCUGUGGGAUUCAGCAGCGCCUCGCGGCGAGGACCAGGCUUUCCAGACUCACCUGCCAAUACCAAACACCACCUUGACAUCUGCGGUCUAUGUUCCCUUGCAGUCUGACUUGUUUAUUUUUUAUAACCACUUAACAAGCUUAGGGUUUUUUAUGAUGUUUUAGAGGAUUUCAUCUUUUUUGCACACAUACUUGCCACUUUCAAAACCAAUUUCCUGACUACAUGAAAGUGAACAAAAAAUAUGAUGUGGUCAACGUUGUUCACUGGAGCAGGCGAUAGCUGUGCAGAAAGGAGGGUCUUAACUAAUUUAGAUAGGGUUUUUUUUCCAGAUAUUUCAAAUGAAAUCUCUUACUGGAGUAAUUUACAGAUUUUUUUAUURUUUUUCAGAUUAUUCAGGUAUAUAUAUGGUAUCACAUAACAAAGUUUUUUAUAACAGUAAAACAUUUCCUAAAAUUUGACAAAAUAUAUUUCUUUGGAUAAAUUUUGUACUGGUCUAUCUGUAACUCCUCCUGUUCUAAGGAUCUCCUCUUCUCUGUGGGACAGACAUAGUGUGGCAGUCUGUAGAGGAGAAGGAGUACAGAGAAAUUUCUUCUGACUGAGCACUGUGUUUUAAAAAACUUUCGCACUUUGGUGCCAAUGCUCAACUCGAUAGACGCUUUGCAGUCUGCAACAUUCCAGAUAAGGAAAGAAGGAAGAACAAAGUAUCCAAGUUUCCUUCUCUUCUUCCAACAAGAGAUGAUAUAGGCAGCUUAAAACCUUAGUGCUUUUUUUUUUUCUUACUGUGUCCAAGCUUCAACACUUCCAUUAUUUGAAUACAUGUGUAGAAUACUCGCUUUCUAUUAAACCUCACUGUCUACAUGUUAGAACUGACAUUUCUGUUAUUGAGGACGUAUGUGUUUCAGAUGCUUUGUCUAAUGAAUUAAUGCAGGUUUGUAGGAUACUGAGCAAAACUGAGUGAUGGAUUCCAUUCAUAAAGUAGUAAGGCAGUGAUAUCGUUUGGUGCAGACCACCAUUGAGAAAACCUGUUACUGAUGGA